AUGGCUGGCGGAGGCUCAUCCAACCAGGGCCAGCAUGGUCAUCACGGUCACCACGUCCCAGGCUCGGAAGCGGAGACAGAGAAAGGUAGUUCGGGGCUUGUCAACAUCAUUCGUAUUAUCAUCAACGUGACGAGCCAACCUGAUCUCGACGCCACUCAUAACAUCACCAAUGCGACAGCUAUUGGCAUGCAGGACAGUCAUGAUGACAAAAACCGUUUCGGGGUCUUUGGAUCGGCGGUUGUGGAGAAGCAAGAAUUCAGCCAACUAGUCAUGGUCUGGUACUCCGUGGUGGCGCGGUGGUUCCGUGUACGCCGUGAUCAAGACAUCGAGUUGGAGGAUGGUCAAGGGUUCCGAACAGGGCCGGCAGCGCAAGAAACAGCAGCGGAUCAACACGACAUACUGCCCGACCGCAAAACGAAGGGCUAUGAUGAGCUGGCAAUGUUCAUGGCUCGAGAUCCCCCGUCUCUGAUUUUCCGACGAUUCGACGAGCUGAACAUCAAGAAUCUGCUCUACCUGCAGGCAGAACUGACAUCUCACGAGCUGGCCCUGCAAAACAUUGUCGAUCGGGAUUCUGAACACGGUCACGCAGUGGUAGAAGAUGACUAUGCAGUGCCGGAUAUGAUCUUGAAUGCGAACAACCGCCAGUGGAAACUGAUCCUCAAAAUUCGGAAGAUCCUGAAACAAUACAACACGGCUCUGCAACAAUACCGGGAUCUGCGGAGAAUGAGCGAGCCGCAUGCCUCCGACCUUCGCAACCUUUCCAUGCUCAGAAACACCGUAGAGAAGAAACUAACACCGGGUGAUAUUGUCGAUCAUCACCUGCUACCCCUCGAGCAGUGGCAACGAGCUCCCCUUGUACCCGACCGCGUGGCACUGUGCAGUCCGCUCGAGGGAGCAGAUCCAAUGACACGGUGGUCAUACUAUCACCUCGGCCCCUUAUGUUACAAAGUGUUUGGGCCGAGAAAGACCGACAAACCGUCGCAAGAUUGGUCGGGCAACACACAUGCUUUUUCUCAUUAUCGCGAGCGCGGCGAUCGCCUCCGUGAUGUGGGGUUGUCCGUCAUGAAAGGGGCAAAGCGACGCCUGUGGUUUGCCAUAGCCAUGGGCGUUGGCUUUGUGACUUUGGUUGGGUUUAUGGUCCCCGCGCGUCGAGCCGAAAUCAUUGUGCUCGCAGCAGCGUACGCCGCGAUUGAGGCGUCUCUCCUGGUCAAUGCGGCUACCGGGCAGAGCAACAUUGGUUCCCCGGGUCAUUGAUACCGCG